AUGCUGGAUUGCCGGAGCACCUCCUUGGAGCAGCACCUGAAGGACGAGAAGGCGGCAUAUUCUCAACUCGCGCUGCUGAACAUCCAGUCGAGUGCCCUCCUCGACCGCUUUUAUCGUGAGUGGUGCGCGUUAGAGUCUAGGCGGCAGGUGCUCCUCAACGAGUUGGAGCAUCACAGCCGCGCUAUUCGCGAGCACCGAAAACAGUUGGAGUUGACGCUGUUUCCGCCCGAGGUGCGGGCAUGGAUGCGGGCUGCAUUGCCCGAAGUGGAAGUCUGGGAAGAGGCUGACGCAAAGCUGGGUGCAAUCUAUGAACCAUUUUCCGACACGCCGUGUUCAACGCUCCCUGUCACAGGAAAGGCACGGGCGGUGUUCGAGCAGGCCAUCGCACGGCAGGUUGUGUGCUGGGAGGAACCGAGCGGCGCUGUUGCAGAGUACAAGGAGCGGCCGGCCCCGUCACGUUUGGCGCGUGUCAGCCCUCAACCAGGAGUUCUGCUGCAUUCUUGCUUCUUACCGUACAGGAACCCGCAAACGGCCGAAUUGCGUCGUCGAGCCGUGGGCGGAGAUGUCGUUGUCAUGAAGAGCCCAGAACCGAGUGUGGGUCGUGUACUUGUCUCAAUGCAUGUGAUUCGUCGUGGUGACCCCAUCAUGGUGGAGGCCCCGCUUUUUACUUCUUUCACGGCAACGGGGGAGGGCGGUGGUUGUCGUGAGGAGUUUCUUCCGCCAGCUAUCCGGAAAGCCAUGAGCGCGGUGCUGCGUCAGUCCAAAGUCUUCGCGGCGCAGGGGUGGGACACACGGCUUCUUCGCCCAUUCUAUGAAUGGUUAACAGAGCUGGUGUUUGGGGAGAAACGAGAGGAGUUUGCGCAGCGGUGGGAGGAGCUUGGCUGCCCAGUGGAAGACGCUGAUCCCGCAUUCCUCUCAAAAUUCUCUGGCCUAGCACACUUCCUGUGGAUGAGUCUCCCGUCCUCGCUUGCAUCGGUGCUAGGAAGCGAGGAACGCGUGCUUUUGUUUUUUGUAACCCUUAUCACGAAUGCCAUAAACUACGGUGGGGACAUCGUGGAAGAGGAAGGCAACGUUUACACCGCGGCAAAUGGUGUUUGUGUUGCCCCUCUCAACGCAGGGCUGGGGGUCUUUGGUGGGAUUUCGUUGAUUGAGCACAGCUGUCAGCCCAAUGCCGUUUUAGUGUUUCGCCAUGGGUGCACCCCAGAGAGCAGCAUAUUCGCCGAGCUACGGGCCACGCGUGCAAUCGCGGUCGGGGAGCGCAUCACGAUUGCGUAUGUGCCAACCUUUCUUCCAAAGGCGCAACGGCAGAAGCGGUUACGAGACAAGUUCUUUUUUUCAUGCGCUUGUGAGCACUGUACCACUGGCUCCGAUACAACACGGAUGAUGUUUGCCCCCGGUGAACCACGUGAGGAAGGAGUCGUCAUGUGCCCAAAGGGGCGAGGAGCUGACUGGACGCUGUGGUCGUUGAGGUCGCGUCCCUCGGUGCACGGUUUGAAGGAGCUGGGGAAGUUGUACCGCUACGAUGACGCCCACGUGCUGGAUGCCGUCCGCGACGAGACGGCGUUUCGACAAGAGAUGAGUGCCACCGGCAUGGGCGGCAUGGAUGCUGUAGGGGUGAGAGCUGAAGUGCAACAACUUACUAGGGUGUUGCACGGUGAGGCAAAAAGCAACGUCAGUCCGCUUCACCACCUCUUUCUGCUCCGAGCGCUGCAACUGGCGGCGGUAGCAAACUCUAACUUUUCUCAGUUGGACGCUGUCACGACGGAGUCCGUGUUGAUAUUCAUGCGUGAACUGCUGCAGGAACUGACAGAGGUAGUCUUUCUGCUGCCUGACUGGUUCAUCGCGGAGCUGCUUAUUGGUGAGACACCCACGGGUGUGCUCACCGAUGAUCUGGGCGAGCGACUAUUGGGUGACAGUAGCCAUGGGCGUGCCGCGACGCGGCAACCGUGGCAGGAACGUCUCACCACGCAUCCGUUGCUUCACCAGCAUGGGACACUCCUUGUCUCCCUCCUGGAGUCUUACGCGGCACUUCGCGAGGAGGCGGGAAACACUGAGGCAGCGCUAAAUGCGUGGACGGCUUGUGUUAUUUUGCUGCGAUAUGGGAUGUGUCAGGGGGCUUCUGAACGCUGCCUUCGCGCUCAGCUGAAGGCCCUACAGUGCCGUCAGCGACAAAAACGAAAAAACAGGAGCAGCAGCUUUAAGGUUAGGAGAAAACCAUGCGACAGGCCAAUACAUACGCGUAACAAGGAAGGUAGUCAGACCAUUUCUAUUUUAUUUUUUUCUUCAUCUUUGCUUGUUUGUUUCCCUCUUACUUCAUUGCUGCCUCACUCGCUGUGUUGGUGA